AUGCUUAGUUGUGCUUGCUUUGGAAACUCUAGGCGAAAGAAAGCAGAAGGAUUUAAUACUAGUCCGCAAGAGCACACUGGUAACGAAAAUCAUGCUAAUCUUGAUCAUACUGAUCACGAUCAUGUCGGUCAUGAUCAUGUUGAUCACGAUCAUGCUGAUCACGAUCUUGCCGACCAAGAUCAUGUUGACCAAGAUUAUGUUGACCAAGAUCAUGUUGACCAAGAUCAUGUUGACCAAGAUCAUGUUGACCAAGAUCAUGGCGACCAAGAUCAUCCCAUACAACACAAACACAAUGAGUCUCUCGCUGGAGAGGGCCAGGAUUCCGGAAAGUCAAUUGUGCAAGAACUCUGGAAAGCCGCAUUUCGCAAUUUGGAGGAUGAAAAUGGAACAUUGAUGAAGAAAUUCAAGGAGCUUAUGAAACUAGAGCUGAAAGACCUUGAUCCUGCAAAAUCGACACACCUUAAUGCAGAAGAAGAUUGGAAUCUUAUGGAAGCCUUUGUCUCCAGCCAGGUUCCCCAUGCACUGGAUCCGGCGAAAGGAAAAGUUCUCAACGGAUUAGACCAGGCGUUUCGAAUCUUGCGAGGGAUAAUUGAUUUGAUAAAUGAACCUAUCAAGCUAGCUCCACAAGCUGCUGUCCCUUGGGCAGGCGUGAAUAUUGCUGUUACAGUAAUCUCCAAUCCUUUAUUGGAACGCAAAGCGAAUCUUGACGGUCUUCAAGCUGCCUUUGACAAACUCAAUUGGUAUCGAGAGAUUGCUGCAGAUCUCUUCCAAAGCGAAGAAGCGGGACAUACAAUCUUAAGGCAGCGAGAUCUACUUAAGAUAAAAAUGGUUGAUUAUUUUCAGAAACUUCUUCUCUAUCAAAUACGCAGUAUACUGUUAUUACACACCAAUAAGGUUCUCGUCGCUAUUCGGGGAGUUGCCAAAUUUGACAACUGGGAACAACAGUUGAAGGAAAUUAAAGAGGCAGAAACCGAAUUGGACAGUCGAAUUGAACAAUAUCAAAAUCGAAGAGAGCGAGAAGAAAAAGAGCAACGCCAAAAAGAAGAAACCCGGAACAUGUGCCUGAAUGCCUUGGAAGUACCAGACCCAAAAUAUGAUAAAAGGCGCAUCUUACAAGACAAAGGAGGUCUUGUUCCAAGUUGCUGCGACUGGAUUCGAGAAGAGCAACAAUUAGAACAAAGAAGCUUUCUUAACUGGAUUAACGAUCCUGAGAAGAGCAUAUUCUGGAUUACAGGUAAAGCCGGCAAGGGCAAGACAAUGCUGGUAUGCGACCUCAUCCAAGGGCUUGAAGAAACUCUUCAUAAAGGGCCAUUAUUUUAUACUUUCUGCGAAAUCUCCAAAUCUCAAUCAGCAGAUUACAACGCCACCACUUUGCGUGGCCUUAUUUAUACAAUAGCAUCUCAACAUCCAUCACUUACACACUACAUCCGAGCUGAGUGGGAUAAAAACCAUUCCCUAUUCAAAGAUGUAAAUGCUCGACUAAAGUCUUACGACAUUCUCAAAGCUAUUCUUGUCGACGAUGUAAUGAACGGCACUAUUAUCUUUGUUGAUGCUCUUGAUGAGUGUGGCAAUGACUUGGACUUACUGCUUGACCUUAUCACAACUAUAUCCAACAUAAAAUGGGUGGUUUCAAGUCGAAGCAAUACUAAUCUUAUCGAUGAGAAGCUUUCCAACUCUCCUCAAUGCCAAAAAGUGUCGCUUGACGAGCUAGGCGACUUGGUAACUACGGCUGUUGCUAUUUAUAUCGAGAAACAGGUACACGAUCUAAAACAAAUAAAGAAGUAUACAGAUGACGACAGCCUUAACAUUCGGCGCUAUUUAAUGAAACACGCUGAGGGCACCUUUCUGUGGGUUGCAUUAGCAUGCAAAGAACUUUGGGAUCCUGAUACCGAUGACGACGCCCUUGAAGUUCUUAAUAGUCUACCUCGCGGUCUCGACGCUAUGUACGAGAGAAUGAUGGGAAAGAUUCAAACAGCGAAGAAAGAACGAACGAGACUAUUUGAAAUAAUAUUGAGUGUCAAUCUGGUCGUUUCGCGCUCUAUCACAAUUGAUGAAUUUCUACUUCUUGUGAAAUCAUCAAAGAAGCUCAACCUUUUUAAAGACGCAAGGCACUUACAGCAGAUGACCGAAAAAUGCGGCUAUUUCUUUACAAUUUCUCAUGGCGACAACGCGCUCUCAUCCUCUGGAAACUUUAUCAACUUUGUUCAUAAAUCGGCGAAAGACUAUUUACUCGAGAAUAGAAGCGAAAAGGUACCGCUUCCUGGGUUAAAUUACGAUAUUUUCCAGCGAUGCCUCGAGCAAAUGAGUGAGCAUCUCAGACGCGACAUGCUGGAUUUGAAACAUCCCGGAGCGAUACCAACUAAAGAACAUCCUGCUCUCAAACGGUUAAAUCGCAUUGAGUAUGCUUGCACUUGCUGGGCAGAGCAUAUUGAUUGUAAUAAUCACGUCGACAAUACCUGUAAGGAGUAUGGGAAUUCGAUUCAAGAUUUCCUAAGCAACCAUUUCCUCUGUUGGAUAGAGGCUCUUAGUCUUCUCGGGAAGUUAUCCGCGGGGGCUAUGGCCCUUCAAAAGCUCAAAGACUUUGCCGCUGAAAUUUGGGAUUUGCUGUCAGAACAAAGUGUUUUCGACUUCGAUAAUUUUGUUGACGGGCUUCAAGGUGUUGGAAUAUCUCGAGAUGGUGAGACCAUAGUUAUCAUCACCGACUCAGAAGAAGCUUACCUAUGGGACCUCAAGAAGAAAACAAACUUUAAGCUCGAUGGAAGCUACUCAACCCCGCUUAUCUUUUCAAAUGAUAGCAAACUCCUUGCAAUGCAAGCCACAUGGGAUGAUGAGAUUUGGGUCUGGGAUAUUGACUCACGUAAAAUUAUACGCAAAUUCGAAGGCCAUGAUGACAUUGUGAGAUCAAUGGCCUUCUCGCCGGAUAGUCGGUUUCUAGCUUCAAAUACGGGGGAUAGAGGCAAUCCCGGCGAAGACUAUACUAAAAUCUGGGAUAUCAAUACAGUUAACCUCGAAUUAACUGAUGUUGUUGAGCAUGAGGAAAAGACCAACGCGAUAUCACACGUUUCAUUUUCUAAAGAAGGCAAAUGGCUCGCUGUUGUCUCAGAAGAUUCAGGAAUCGACUUAUGGGAUAAUUCAGGGACUUUUAUAUGCAGAGUCAGCGAUCAGGAAGAUGUCAGAUGCAUCUCCUUUUCGUGGGAUAGCAUGAAACUCGCCUUCGGGACUGUCGAUGGUAUUUGUGGGAUUGCCAACAUUUCACCAAAGCCUGAUACUCUGGAUACUUCUUCGCGAAAAUUGAUUCCAGAAGGUGGAUCAACCGUAACCUCGUUAUCGUUCUCCAGGGAUGACAUGCUUCUUGCUGCUGUUGUCAUUGAUCGUAUACGAUUCUUCAAUAUUGAAACAGGCAAAUACUGCCAAACGCAGCAUCCGAAACCAAAUGAGGAUGAAUACUUCGGACAUUAUCGCGAGGAUCCUCAUAUUUGUGCUGUUAAUUUCUAUAAAAACAGCCUAGCUGUUUCUAUCGCAGAAAAUGGCAAUGCUCAAAUGUGGAAUACAGUAACAGGCGAGUGCUUGAAAGAAUUUCGCGCAGAGUCUCCUAAAAAUAUAUACGGCAUGGUUAGCGCUGCUAUUGAUGUGAGGCUCUAUCAAGACUCACUGCAACUGAUUUCUACCUCCGAGCCAGAAGGCUGGAAGUUAUAUAUCACAGAUGUCGAAACAGAAAGGCGUGUUCAAAUUUCGGAAACCUGCGCCACAGAUUUCAUUGAGUUUGCCCUCAACAGCAACAACAUUAUCUCUACCAGGUGUGGUAAUAUUGACUUAAACCAACUCGACCUUAAUGGGGAUCAACACACAUUUAAAGCUACAGGUAUUAUUAUCCAUGGCUACGGGUUAGGUGACGAUUGGAUUCAGAAAGAUGGAAAGCCAAUCAUUUGGCUUCCACCAGAAUACCGAAUGUAUUGGGGUAGGUAUAGCAUUGGAAAUUCUCAAAUUGCUAUUGCUACUAUAUCGGGGCGCUUUGUAUUGAUUGACUUUGCGGAAUAA